AUGGGCUCGCAGAAAGACAAUUCCAGACAUCCCGAUGUCCCUCAGGACAAAUUAGUUCUUUACGUGCGGAAGGCUAUUCCGGCCCCAACCGCCAACAGUCUCAAGCCUCUCAUGAUUCUUGAAGCUCUUAAAAUCCCUUACUCAAUUCACCUGAUUAAAUCUCUGCCAGACGAGCUUUGGUAUCAUGAAAUCAAUCCCUACAAGCAGCUUCCCGCCAUGGAGGAUGUUGAUGUCUUUGAAGCCGGGAAUGGGGAGAAGCGGCGAUUGAACGUUUUCGACAGCACUUCGAUGCUGAUAUACCUCUGUGAAAAAUACGACAAAGACGGCCUCUACAUUGGCAAGACGGCAAUCGAGCGCGCCCAGGUCAUGAACUGGCUCAUUGCGUACGCUGCAGGCUUGGGGGCCACGGGCGAGUGGUGGCUCAAGUUGCGCAACGAUCCCCAACUUGCCCCCGCACUUCAAGUCAUCGAAGCUGCCAUCAAACGAGAAUAUGACAUCUUGGAAAAGAGGCUGAGCGAGCCUGGCCAGAAAUGGGUGGCCUUGGCCGAUCGCCCGACCCUUGCCGAUUUUGCUAUUCAACCCCUAGCCAACCCUAGGGUUGCGAAAAAUGCCAAGAUUGAUUUUGAUAACUGGCCAAAGACAAAGGCGUGGAGUGAAGCUGUUGAUAAGCUGCCUUACAUCGAGAAGGCUAUGUUUGAGAACAAUAGGCUGGGAAUGACUGAAGAGGAAAUUCGAGUACACGGUCGAUGA